CAGUAAAAGUCAUUUAUGUACUCCAAUAUUCAUGCAAAGUGGAGACCUUUUUAUAAAGCUACAGAUGACAACAACGUUAAUAGUACCAAAAUAUUUAAAUUGAUUUUUUUUUUUUUUUGGUAUCCAAGUAUAUUUUCAGACUUGAAAACAUCAGAUUUUAUUUAAAAAGAAAUACAUUUUUACACUUUUUGUUAAGUAUAUUUACAAUUAGAAAAGGAUAGUUAUAAAGAAUAAUUAAUAAAUAAAUAAUAAAUGCAAAUUAAUAAUAAUUUUGCAGUAAUAAGAAUAAAAAAACUUGUCAAAAUUAUAUAUAUUGAAUACGCAUAAUACUGUAUUUCAUAUUUUUUACAUUAUAUUUUCCCCUUUGUAUUUUUCUGUAAUUGACUGUUAGAUGUCGUGUUUUUACUGCCUUAAAUACAUGCAAUUAAAACAUGUUAUAAUUAACUGUUAACAUAUCUGGUACUAUUUAAAAAAAAAAAAAAAAAGGUGGCCACUGAGGAAAUUAUGAAGCUGUCCCAGCACCUAUUUCACCAGAACUGUCCAUCCAUCCAUUUUCUUUGCCACAUAUCCUCACGAGGGUCGCAGGAAGUGCUGGAGCCGAUCCCUGGAGUCAACAGGCAGUAGGCGGGGUACACCCUGAACUGGUUGCCAGUCAAUCGCAGGGCACAUAGAGACAAACAGCCGCGUUCACAAUCACGCCUAGGGCCAAUUUAGAGUGUCCAAUUAAUGUUGCAUGUUUUUGUGAUGUGGGAGGAAACCGGAGUUCCCGGAGAAAACCCACGCAGGCACGGGGAGAACAUGCAAACUCCACACAGGCGGUGCCGGGAUCGAACCCGGGACCUCAGAAUUGAAUGCGACUGACUCGCGAGUGCAACAGAACAUCAGAGAGCGUGUGUGAGCCGUGUGAACGCGAGCAGUACAUGGAGAGCUGGAACUACGCACGAAAGUGCUUCCCUUGCGCCAAAUGCAAAACUCAUAAAGGCCUGCAGUAUGCCGACAACUGCUCAUCCACUGCCAUGUCCAAGUGUGUGUGUCGACCUGGCAUGUACUGCAUCAUGGAGUCAGAUGAGCAACACUGCACUGCUUGUCAACACCACAUGUCCUGUAAAGCUGGUUAUGGAGUCUUCUUACCAGGGACAGAGUACGCAAACGUCAAGUGCAAACGGUGCCUCAACGGGACAUUCUCCGACACGUCCUCUUCGAAAGAGCCUUGUCGGCCUCAUACAAACUGUCACGGGAGACCUGUGUUAAGACCAGGCACUUCCACGUCAGAUACGGUUUGCAAGCCUGGCCCCCUGCCACAUGUGCACACAAGUGGGAAUCCUAAUCAAACUACGACCACCACCCCAGCGAGCGUGGUCUCAGGGACUACGGAUGUUUUCUUUGGACCGGUUGUUUUGAAGGACUUAUCGGCAUCCUCGUUGACAAAAAGCCCAAGAUCUGACGGUGACCUAGUUGAAGCAGUAGCCAGCGUCGUCGGCACAGUCACGUUCUUGGUCAUCGUUGCCGUCGUUCUCGUGGUCCUUUAUAAGACCACCUGGAGCAAAGGCUCCGCGAACUUGCAUCCUAAAGCUGCCUCGAACGGAAAUCUUGAGAGUGGCAAUGAAUUCAAGACUCUGCGGGCUUCUUUCACGGCCAUCUCUCCGGGGGAGCAACGGCGCCUACUGCAGAGUACGGAUGGCAGUUGCGAUUCCAGCCACUGCAGCGGUGGCGACGCUCGCUCUUCGCACAACAGUCAGGAGUCCAUCGGAGCCGUGCAGUCCGCCUUAGCCCUUCGCCGCCCUCAGGAUUCUCCACCGGGGUCCGGCGUCCGUUCGUACAGCGUGUGCCCCGCGAGCGCCGGGCCGCACGUCAACGUCAGUAUCACGUUAAACAUAGGAGAUUGGGGCUCACCCUCACCAUCCAGAGACUCGAAAACCCCCCUUGGACAGGAGGAAGAAUCCUUCCCUAUGCCGAAACAGGAAGCGGGAAAAGAGUUGCCCGAGCGGGAGAGUGUGGAAUAAAAUACUUGAACUCCUCCUAAAGUCCGAUUUGGACAUGUAAUAUGGCAUAAUUGGAAUUUUUUUCACCUGCUACAAUCAGGUACAUGCGCACACAUUUUGGAGGGCAGGUGCUCUAGCCCAAAAAAGCUACCCAUCACCAAAAUUACUCAUGCAAUCUAGAAAACAUUAACCUGUGUAUUUAUUUCUCUUCAUACAAUCAACACUUUCAUUACGUAUUACCCAAUGAGAUGACGUGUGGGUACAGCAGAUACCAAAAGUCAACACCCCUGUUCAAAUGAUCACCGUUAUUUGGAACGGAGGGGUCUGGGGUCAAGGCGGGAGCAGGUUUACAAUUCCCCCAAGUUCUUAGAAAUGAAUCCACUUCAGAUUUCAAAACAAAACAAAAGGGGGUGGCUCCUGCAAAAAGGGUACUUUUUUGGGUUCAGGGCAAAAGGGCAGGUGCUUGACCACCACCUAGAAUUUUUGUGUGCACAUGCCUUUUUAUGAUCAACCUUAGCAAAUGACCUUCCCCAUGUUCCACAUUACUUGUUUAUACGCCGUGUAUAUACAGUCGUCCCUCGCGAUAAUUAUUACACAGCACAGUACAGUUACUCAAAUACAAAUCUCCUAACAUAAAUAAACCUAAUUGAAAAUAUCCAACCACCGCUAGUUAGGACAAAUGAUCUAUGUAAAAAAUUAGAUUUUGCUCCUUCCAUCACUUUUAUUAAACAAUCGAUAAGAAUGCCGUCGUCAAGAGCACAUUCUUAGUACACCUGCUGACAGCCUCGAGUGACACUGUCACUGAUUACCAGAAGUGGCUCAUGCUAUCGCCAGGAAGUACUGGAGCCAGCCAAGAUUACCUCAUAUGUUUACGUCCACAUCCCUCAACAGACUACCCCUGCUUUUAAAAGGUACUCACAUGGAUCAUUAAUAUUGCGUAGAAUGCGAAUGGUGACGUCAAGUUGACAAAAAUAAUACCUGGACCUCACAUGCAUGUGUUGUUUGUUAGUGAUAAGGUGUAUGAAUGAAACUUUAAAAAAACAUAAUUACUUGGUUGAUUCUUUGUGGCUUUUGUCUGCUGUGUGGGGGGUUGUGAAGGUAACCCUGGCAAUAAAUGAUCAUUGUAUGCAGUACCUGUAAAUGUACUAUUCCUUCAGAUACUGUAUUUGUGUAUACAGUGAAAUGGUCAUGUUCAAAUCUACAGUACUGUGAAUGUGCUCCCCCCACACUUCCACAUGCACGUCGAAAGAAGUCAAAUGUUUUGAAGAAGACGGGCUUUUUUUCUUUCUUUCCACUAUUCAUACUCAUUGCAUCCUUCCAUUCUCUUUACCACUUAUCCUCACAAGGAUCGCGGGUGAGCUGGAGGCCAUCCCAGCUGACUCUGAGCGAGAGGUGUACAGCCUGAACUGGUCACCAGCCAAUCGCAGGCCAUGCUGACAAAGAAGCAUUCACACUCACGUUCACGCCUAUCGAGAUCGUGCACCUACGUCAUAAAAUCACGUGAUUUUUGUUUACCUCGCAAUAUUGCUGGUCUAACAAAGCAUUGUUCAAUGCUAAGUCGGUUGGUGAAGACAAGGAAAUAUGUCUUGGAGCUCGACGCCCAGAGUCUUCUCCGAU